AUGACAUCGAUUUUCAGCCUCCCCAAUACCGCCAUCCAGCCGCAAGCGCCGUCAACGCAGCAAACAUCUACACAUCACCCCUCCAUCCCCUCUACCCCACCACGCGAUUUCCACACCCCCACCACCACCCUAACGCCCCCCACGCACGCCCUCCUCCGCUCCCCCCGCCUCAGCACCCUCCUACCCCUCACAAACCCCUCCAACCCCCCAGCCCCGCUCCCCCUCCCCACUCUCGCCCUCACAGACGCGCACCUCCCGGGCCACGCAGUACGCCUGCACAGCGCGACCUUCUCGCCCGGCCCGACAGCGCUGUGCGUCGGCGCAGCCGUGUUCGCGAAUUUUGGCGCUAGCGCUGGCGAGGGGGAGGUGCUGCUGGAGUAUCGAGGCGAGGGGAAGACGGGCGUGUUGGUCAGGGGGGUGUGGGGGGUUGUGGAUGUGCGUGGUGAUGGUGAUGAUGAUGGGGGGAGGGAGGCGUGGCGGUUGUGUGGGGUGUGGGAUUAUGGUGCUGUGUUUGGGGAUGGGUGUGGGGUUAUAGAGAGGUUGGAUGAGGGGGUGGAAGAAGAGGCGUUCGAUUGGGCGGGGUUUGCUGAGGCGGAAGCAGAGGCGGAAGCGGCGGAGGAGGAGGACGCUGAGGAAGUGGUGGUGGUAGCGGAGGAAACACCCCACCACACCACCACCAUCAGCACGCACCUCACGACUCUCCUCUCCCAGCACGCGACCUUCGUCAUCUUCUCCCCUUCCCCUCCCCCCAACCCCAACCCCACCAGCAGCACCCCCACCCCAACCACGCACCUCCCAGGGACGCAGCACCGCGUCUCGCACCUCUCUGCCUCUACACACUCACACGCGCGUGCCUCACUGCUCGCAACAGUAGUCGCAUCCGCAACGGCAGACGCAGCGAGCGAGGGCGGGGAGGGGGCGUUGGCGCGGGGCCUGCAGGGGAAGGAAACUUUUAGCUGGGGUGGGGGACGGUGCGUAAGGUUGUUUGAGGAGGGGAAGAGGGAUAAGGGGGUGUGGGUGUGUUUUUUGGGGCUGGUGGAGGGGUGA